AUGAUUUACUUAUUAAGAUUUAAUUGCCCAAUAAUUUAAAUAAUGGAAAUGAAGGCAAUGUUUUUAGUGAAGAAGAGCAGCUAUAAUAACACACUAACCGAUCGCUGGUGUUAAGCUGAGGCUGACACCGAUCCUAAUAUAUUAGGAAAAAAAUGUCCAUCUAUAAAAAAGAAGAAACAAGGCCGCUACAAGAAUGUUCCCUAUACUUUUGGUCGACAUUUUAGAAAUUGGAUUGAAACCGAAGUAGGACCCAUCUAAUGUCCAGUGGUUUACAAAUUCAUUUCUAAACGUAAAUAAAAUCCUAGGUAUCAUGACAGUUUCAAAGAUUUUAAUGAUCUAUUCCAACACUCAGGUAUAGGUAGAUAACUAGGUUAACUUUUCUUUGGGUAGAAGAAAUGGGUGUAAUAUCUCUUAAGCAAUGAAAGAGUUGAUGGGUUGUAAAUUUACUUUGAAGUUGAAAGAUCUUACUAUGAUGCUGCUACAAAAGGAACUAAAAUCACUGAACAAAAGGUGAGAAAUAUUUGA